AUUAAAUAUCGAAAUAUAAAUGCAUUUCUCGCUUAAAUCUCUGGCUUUGCUUGCAAGUUGGAUCUUUGACAUUGACUUUCGCCGGCACCGUCGAUCUCUCCGGCAAUCUCCGGCGGCUUUGUAAUCGACAAGCUCAGCAUGAAUUCUGAAACUCUUGAGGAAGAUUAUGGUGAUAGAUGGUUGGGACUGGCCUGGAACCAUGAUCUUUUGACGGAAAUACUCGUCCUGUUACCUGCAAAAUCUGUCACCCGAUGCAAGUUGGUAUGCAAACAUUGGCUCUCACUUAUCUCUUCUGAUAAAUUCUGCCAUCUCCACACCCUGCGCUGCCCAGAGCUGCGCCCGUCUCUUCUCCUGAACCUGAAGACCCCGGGCUUGCAGUUCUUUAACUUCAGUCCAAUCAUGAAUGGUGAAAAGAUGAUGAAUCCUUACACCUUCUCUGUUCCAAACCCCAUAAUUGUCAGUUCUUGUAAUGGCCUGAUGCUGCUGAAAACUCACUGGAAAGAAGAGAGUUUCCAUGUUUACAAUUCGACCACUAAGCUGUCAAGAAAGCUCAGGUUUCCCGUAGCUCACAGCGACAACUACCCUUAUUCCCCUUAUACUGUGACACUUGCCUUAGCUUUUGAUCCUUCAGAAUCGCCCCAUUACAAAGUUGUUUGCAUUAGGUCAACCACAGACCGUCGCGCUGAUCCCGAUGAGAUACAUACUUAUCGGAUCGAUGUUUAUGACUCACAGAGUCGCGCAUGGAAGCUCAGGAUGGGAUCAUUUAUGUUUCCCGGAAGGCUUCACAUAUGUGGGGGAGGCAUGGGUGUGUACUGGAAUGGCUUGAUAUACUGGGAGGUCCCCAAUGAAAUCCGCUGCUAUGAUAUUGCUCGGAAUGAAUUCAAAACUCUCUCUCUGCCUAACUAUCCACCUAUCCCUAUUCACCCAAUGACAGGUUGGAUUGCUGCUUCCUGUUUGCAAGAGGCAAAUGGUCAUCUGUACCAAUCUAGAGUGCUCACAGUGGAUAACCGUCAAUUAAUUGUGUUAUUUGAGUUGGAGAUGGAUGAUGAUCGUUCUUCUUCGUGGCUCUUGAGGUACGAUGAAACAAUCUCUCAGCAUGAACGUACCCCCUCAUAUCAUAGCUAUGCUCUUCAGUUGAGAUUAAUUAAGGGAUCACACGGCAUAGAGACGUGCAGUGUGGUUUCUUGUAUGUCCGGUAAGAUCAGCGUCUAUAGUUUCCUCGACAAAAGCUCUAAGUUGCUCGUUGAUUUGACUGGCCAACCGUUCGACGUGGACGAAGACGAUGUGGCUUCUGACUUGCAAAUGUAUGAAUAUGUGGAAUGUUUGGCUGUGGUUUGAGUGAACUUGUGGUUCUUGCCUUAGUUAUGACAUAUUCUUCUGAGUUUGUUGUUUUAAAACUUGAAAUCAGCAGCAGUGGCCACUUGCCAGUGUUAGUUGAUGCUGAUUUAAUUUAAAAAUGUUAACUUUCGAAUAAAUA